ACUAUUUUUUACGGAUACCGGUAGCAAUUUUUUCGUAGUUUUAUAGGAAUCGUAACUAUAGGGACCGUAAUUAUAGGGGGGUCGACUGUAUUACAAAUGGCCAUAUUAUUCUUACUCAUUGCAUCAUUUGUCGAGAAGCAUUAGUAGCUAAAAAAAUAUCAUCAGAUCUUAAUGUGGUCUUAAAUGAUGCCAUACAUAUUAUAAAUUUCAUAAAAUGUUGUGCACUUAAUAGUCGUUUGUUUGCAAAUUUAUGUAAGGAUAUGGGAGUGGAUUACGAACAACUUUUACUACAUACAGAAGUAAGGUGGUUGUCAAAGGGAUGAGCCUUAAAACAACUAAUAGGGUUGAAAAAUGAAAUAAUGAUAUUUUUAUCAGAAACAAAGUCUGAUUUUUCUAAUUUCUUCCACAAUGAAACUUGGGUUUGCAAAUUGUGUUAUUUGUCAAACAUAUUCGAGAAACUCAAUGAACUGAAUAUGUCUCUACAAGGUGAGAACACGAACAUAUUAAUUUUGUAUGAUAAAGUUCAUGCAUUUAUGAAGAAGAUAAACUUAUGGAAAUCAAGUGUGGAAAAUGGCAUGUUUGUAAUGUUUUCAAGUACAUAUGAUUUUAUCACAGAAAAUAAUUUGGAUAAUAUUUUAAUUAAGAAAAUCAUAAUUGAUCAUUUGUCAUGUAUGGAAGAACAAUUUGAGAAAUACUUUUUAUCAGAUUUAAAUACUGAACAGUUUAUCUGGGUGCAAAAACCAUUCCUUGUAGAAAUGGAACAAGUGAAACAUCUCCCAUUAAGUGCCCAAGAAGAAUUUGCUGAAUUUAGUUGUAAUACAAAACUUAAAACUGAGUUUAGUAAGCAAACAUUGAAUUCUUUUUGGCUUAGUGUGAAAGCAGAGUAUCCACUACUCUCUGAAUUAGCAAUGGCAGUUCUCUUACCAUUUGCAAUCACUUAUUUGUGCGAAAUGGCAUUUUCAGUAAUGACCAACAUCAAAACAAAGCAGUGCUCUUGUCUUUGCAACAUAGAAAUCGCUAUGAGACCUGCACUGACUGAUAUUAAACCCAGGUUUAAUUUAUUGUGCCAAAAUAUGCAGGCUCACCCAUCACAUUAAAUUUAAUUUAAAAUAUGUUUAACUUAACUAAUUGAGUUUACUAAUGUUGAAACAUAUACAUAGAAUAUUUUGUUCAAAGAUGUACCAAAGUUAUUAAUUUUUAAUGAUACUAAAAAUAAAUCUGCUAUUAAAAUUAUCAGUGUUUCAAUGCAGUUAAACAAAAGAAAUUAACACCUUCUGAAUCUAAAUUAAUCCCAACUUCGUGAUGUUUUUCUACAGGUGCCCAUUCUUCAGGGGGUCUUUUCAAAUUUUUAAGUGCAAAAUGGGGGUCGUGGACCAAAAACUUUGAGAAACACUGGUUUAGAGCAUCAGUCAUACCCUCUGGGUUUUUGGUUUUCAAUUUUAUUCUAUCUGUUUCUCUCUGCACCAUUUGACCAGUCGGUCUUUUGUGCAGAGUACCCUCAGGCAUUUGGGCCACUCUAUACACUUCUUCACUUAGUCACUUAUCACGAUGUCUGCUAACUUGGUAGAGGAAUUUAUUGACGAAUUGCACAAAGUUCUUGAUGAACUAAAGGGUUACUGUGCAAAUAAUUAUAAUAGCAAGUUGGGUGCUAGAGAGAGUGUAUGGCAUAUCACAAAGCAUUUCACCAAAGUCAUAAACAUGGCUGUCAGUUCUUUGAAAACCAACUGCACAAGUGAAAUUCUCGAACAAAGAUUGGCUACCCUUGCUACCAAGGACGAUUUAAUAGAGACAGCCACCACUCAAAAUGAGAAAUUUGCAUUUUAAAGAGGAGAUUGACAAGCUGUGUAAGGUGCAACCUCAUAGCUUCUUGGGUGAGAAUAAAGCUCCUACUACUAGCUAUAGUGAUGCCUUAAAGAGGGAUAUCAGGCUGCUUCAACUCGUGAAUUUCCAAAGCCUAUACAUACUGUCCUUGUUUUUAGUGACAAAAAAGAAGAAAGCUCAGAAAAAACACAAGCAUUGCUUACUGAUAACAUAAAGCCAAUGGAGGUUGGUCUAGGGGUCCAGAGGCUUAGAAAAGUUAACAAUGGCGGAGUGGUGGUAGACCUGGUGGGUGACUUUGACAUGGAAUUCUUCCAAGAAAAGGUAGAUAAAAUCCCAGGGCUGUGUGCAAAGAUUGCCAAGAAGUGUCGUCCUCUGAUAAAAUUAGCAUCUGUCCCGGCUUCUGUAGAAAGUGAAACUCUGACAAAAUGCAUACACGAGCAAAACGUUGACAUCAACACCUUCCGGGACUACGAUAAUUUUGAUAAACUUCAGAGCGAAAUCAGAAUCAGAUUUCCUAUCAAACAAAGAGAUUCUAAUUACACUACAUGGGUUUUUGAGGUUCCCCCCAAAUUAAGGUAUAUGCUGCUAAAAGAGGGGAAAAUCCGUGUGGAAUGGACUAGAUGCCCAGUCUAUGAUUUUGUGCCAACAAACCAAUGUUUCAGGUGCCUAAGAUUUGGGCAUCACACCCAGGACUGUACAUUACAAACGGGUCUGUAGCCACUGUGGUAAGGAUCACUUGUUCAAGAAGUGCACCAACAAAAAGGAGAACCAAGAUGUGCAAACUGCAUCAGAGAAAAUUUUAAAGAACGUGAUCAUAACACCAUGGAUAGAUGCUGUCAGGCCUACUUUAAGGGCCAAGGCCCAGGCCAUUGAGCGCACUGACUAUGUUACCUAACAACUUCCUUCUGGUUGUGUUUCAUCUCAACAUCUUUCAACUUGUCUCGUCCAGUAUUCAUCUGACUAUAACUAUGUCUAUUAUCCAUUUUGUGUUUACUGUUACCAUUACAUUGUGCCCACUGUGUAUCGUGCCUCACAUCUUUUAUUUUGUACAAACUCUUUUGUAAGUGUAUUGUAAUCACAUAUAUACAUAUAAGGGAUUGCAUUCCAGUGAUGUUAUUGUACUAUGUACCUAUUUUGCCUGUGUAUUUUACCUCUGUAUACAAUUAAUUCUGUAUUUUGUAACACCUUUAACUAUUUGUAUCUUUAUUAUUGUAAUUUGUUACCACCGGGUAGUGCUCACUGCGGAACCCAGCAUGUACCAUUGUGUGCGUUAAUAAAGAAAUGAAUGAAUGAAAAAAAAUGAAGAUGCUUGAAAGUUGCUGCAUAAACUGGAUAAACUCCUUUUCUGAAUUUUUCCAUAUUAGUAGGAUGCCGUCUACAUAGCAUAAGUAUAGUGAUGGGUAGCAUAUAGCAAGUGCGGCGUUGAAAGUUUUGUGUUCCACGUCUCUCAUAAUGAGCUUGGCUAAGACUGCGGAGAGAGGGGGAGCCCAUGGGAACUCCUUGCUUCUGUAAGUAGACUUUCUGGUUGAAGUGGAGAUAGUUGUUUUUGGUGAUGAAGAUCAGCACUUCAUGAAUGUCUAGCACCUGUUGAAGUGUAAAACCUUUCCUGAAGAGCAUAGCGUUGGCUAGCAUUACGGCUUCAAAUAUAGGAACGGAUGGGUAUAGGGAUAUCAUGUCCAGUUUGUAGAAGAUGCAGGUAUUGCCAUGUCCUUUUGCCAUGUUGAAACCAAUGAUGGUUUUGGCAUCUAUAGAGGAAAGAGUGACAUACAGUGAUUCCAGAAGCAGCUCUCAUAGAAACUUUGCAAGGGCUUUCUCCAGGUGGUAAGUGGGAUGCGACCUUUUGUUUACUAAUGGUCGUAAUGGCCAGUUCUUUUUAUGCAUUUUUGGCUGAAAAAACAGCCUAGGGCAAGCAAUGUUGAAGGGAGGAUCGAGGCGUCCUAGAAGUGUCAAGGUUGUUCCUGGUAGUGCUAUAUGAUUUUCUUUGCUCUUCGCAGUACUGCUGGUGGGAAAAAGUUCGGAUGAUGUAUGACAGAAGCUGCUUCAGUAUGUGCUCCAGGAUUAUUUUGUGUUUUUUGUGUUAAUACGAAUUAGCAGUUAAAAUUUUUUGGUAUUUUGCGCAUCGAAAGGUGGAAGGAACAAUAUUACGUCAAGUAGGACUUUGAUCUUCACCCCUUUUUUAAAUUAUAUAUAAAAAACUGUAAUUCUUCGGUUAUCCAGAUUUAGAGUGUUCGUUUUACCGUAAUUUUUAUGGGUCCUCAUUGCGAUCCUUAUACAAUAGUGGUCACCAAAAAUCAGGGACCUAGACCUAUUAUUUAUCGAGAUAUCGGUACCACUUCCGGUCGGCAGUCGAACACAAGUUUUGAGCCUCCGGUUAGUCCUAUUGAUAUAACAUUUGGGUGGUUAUUAUAGCACUUUUUAAGUAACUUUGUCGUAAAAUUUUGUUAAGAUUGGCCCACUAGAAUUUAAAUUAUGGCAAUUCUUAGAUUGAAUUCUAUUUUCAACUUUCCACUUCAAACGAUUGCCAUGGCAAAGGUUGUUGAUUUCUACAAUCAACAAUUCUGAUUUUUCGCUUUUAUUCGUUUACUUAUUAUUUAAUAUAGCAUAAAGUAUAUAUUUCUGGAAUCAGGAAAUUAUAAGAAAUUCAAUUAUUAUACUUAUAAUAAUUUGGGAUAUUUAUAUAGUCUGAUUUUUUGCAUUUUAACUGUUUUCUGUGUGAUUCUUAGUAUAAUAGUAUAUAUUUUAUAAUGGCUGAUAGUUAUCCUAUCAACACAGCACGUAAAGCUGCAAACGAAGUAAUCUCUGAGUUAAAAGAUUACAUUAUUGAAAACUCACAUUGCAAAUUUUCCACAACUCGACAUGCAGAUUUCAUACUAGACUGUAUGAACAGAGUAAUAAAAAUAUAUGAAGAUUAUAGUGUUUAUACUAUGCUUAAGGAAAUAAAUAACAAAAUUGAUACAUUAGGAAAUAAAACUAAUAACGAAGAAAUUAUUAGUCCUUCAUACAGUACUGUGCUAAAGUCAGGAAAGGCUAUUCUUCCUGCAAAUCUCAAUAUUAGAGAUAAGCCUUCAAAGGAUGUCUUAUUAAUUUAUCAUAAAGAAGAUAAUAUAAAUAGUGAAAAUAUGCGGGAAAUUAUACAACAGCAUGUUAACCCUAUUGCGCUAGGUAUCGGUGUCGAAAGAAUACGGCGUAUAGGUGGUGGAGGAAUUGCAAUUCAUCUAAAUAACAAGAAUGAUUUAAACAAGCUGGAGAAAUGUGUGCAGGAAACAAUCCCUGAACUUGUUACUAGAAAACCUAAAAAGCGGAACCCCCACGUAGUGCUUUAUUCUGUACCUGUACAAAUACGACGUGAAGAGUUACUAGAUCACAUAUAUGAACAAAAUUACAUUAUUCAUGAAAACUUCUCAGAUACAGAAUUUAAAGAACAAUUUAAGAUAAAAUUUAGAAUGGGACGUAAAGAUGCGCAAUUUAUUAACUGGGCAAUAGAAGUAUCACCACAGAUACGAAAAUAUCUAUUAAUGAUGGGGAAAAUAAAUUUGCAAUGGUCGCGAUGUCGUGUUCAAGAUUUUUGUUCGAUCAUGCAAUGUUUUCGUUGUUGCAAAUAUGGACAUUCAACAAAAUACUGCGAGCAGGAAGUUCCAACAUGCAGUCAAUGUGCUGGAGAACACACAUACAAACAAUGCCCUAAUAAAAAUAACGAGCCUAGAUGUGUGAGGUUUGCCGACGUUGAAGGGGGAAAAAGUCUAUCUCGUGUCAGAAUGAGCCUAAGGGAAACCGCGUAUGUGGGCGGUGGCGAAGGAGGCAAAUGAUGCACAAGUGUUUUACAAAAUAAAACCCGUUUAUUUGUUCGAAUUCAUGCUUACAUCGAUAUAGGAUAAUUCCAAAAUUUCGGUGCUCCUGGGAACGGCGAAAGUUCGUGAUCUCGGUCGCAGUUCGGGCGGACGAGAAGGAUAUCCGGACAAAGCAGAAGUUCGUUGUUUCGUUGCGGUGUCCUCGGUGAGCGGCGGAUGCACAACACAAUUUUUCACCACUGUAGGUUUAAUCCGGAGGAGACUCUUCUUCGACCUUGAAGUUCCGAUUUUUAUAGUUUUUCCCCCACUGUUCGCAUUUCGGAUUGGUCCCUCGUCCCAUUCCUCGCUUCCCGAUUGGUCUCUCCUUUGUCUCCAGGUGCAAGACGAAACUUUUCGGGUUGCGGGAAAGGUCCGAUUCGAGGUGUCCAUCUGAUACCUCUUUGUCGACUCUGUUCGAUGACUGUUUAUAAAAUAAUAACACCUGCACUCAUAACUCA